UUUAUGUAGCAGAACAGGAAACUGGUGGUGGCGUUUUUUGCGCGCAUGAGAAUUCUGCCCUCUUCAUGGAAAGCUAACGUAGUCUGCAACUUCGGUUUUCACCAAACAUUGGACAGCUGCAGGUAAAAAGUGUCGUGCAAGAGUGUUUCUGCACGGUGGGUAAAGUGGGAAGCAUCGUAGUUUUGGCCGUCAUUGGACUUGGGAGGAAAGCACUGAAAGAGAGGGAGGCGUUUGCUUCCAAUUGAAGAGCAGCAAUGGAUCAGAACAACAGUUUGACCCCCUUUCCCCAAGGACUUGCAUCUCCCCAGAGCGUCAUGACGCCUGGGCCUCCCAUUUUCAGCCCCAUGAUGCCGUAUGGCACGGGGUUAACGCCACAGCCAGUCACCAACACCAACAGCCUCUCUGCCCUGGAGGAACACCAGAGACUACAGCAGCAACAGCAGCAGUCGUCCACCCAGCAAGGAGGUGUGGCGGGCACAUCUGGCCAGACCCCCCAGCUUUACCAUUCCCAGGCCAUCACCACGACAACCGCGUUGCCUGGCAACACGCCACUCUACAACGCCACCCCCUUAACGCCCAUGACCCCCAUCACCCCCGCCACACCUGCGUCGGAAAGCUCGGGGAUCGUCCCACAGCUCCAAAAUAUUGUGUCCACUGUCAACUUGGGUUGCAAAUUAGACCUGAAGACGAUAGCACUGCGGGCCAGAAAUGCAGAGUACAAUCCAAAGCGUUUCGCUGCCGUCAUUAUGAGAAUACGAGAGCCCAGGACAACCGCUCUCAUCUUCAGCUCUGGGAAGAUGGUGUGCACGGGAGCCAAGAGUGAAGAGCAGUCACGCCUUGCAGCCAGAAAAUAUGCCAGAGUAGUACAGAAGUUGGGCUUCCCUGCCAAGUUCCUCGACUUCAAGAUUCAGAAUAUGGUGGGCAGCUGUGAUGUGAAGUUCCCCAUCAGACUGGAAGGACUGGUCCUCACCCACCAACAGUUCAGCAGUUAUGAGCCGGAGUUGUUCCCCGGACUGAUCUACAGAAUGAUCAAACCUAGAAUUGUGCUUCUCAUAUUUGUGUCUGGUAAAGUCGUCCUCACAGGUGCAAAAGUUCGAGGAGAAAUCUAUGAAGCAUUUGAAAACAUCUAUCCCAUCUUGAAAGGAUUUAGGAAAACGACAUGAGGAAGAGAAAUGGGAAUGGGAUUGGGCUUUGUUUAUGCUGUGACAUAAUAUGUUGGGACUUUGUAGUAGGACUGUACAGUUGCAUUGACAUGUAUGUAAGUAUGUUUGUAAAUACACUUAGAACAAUGUUGGUUCACCGCACUUGAGAAUUCAAAAGACAGCCUCACUUGAACUGAUUUUUCAUUGCCUUUUAAUGUGGUUUUAAGUGGCUACCUUAUGUAUCAAAAUUUUUAGUCAUUGCUCUACCCAUUCACACAUUCCUUGUUUCAGUGGAUGCUAAAGUAUGGCAAGAGUCCUAUUUUUAAGCCUGUGUGUCUUUAUAGGAAUGUGAUGGUGUAGCAGCGGGGCAAGUAUUUUUCUCAUCCUAGCUGUUGGUACACAGAACACUGUCCUGGGCCUUUCAGUCAUUAGUAUUUUUUUUAUUUGGAGUUUUAAAAUGCGUUUGUUAGUUAUUUUUACUUGUUCAUGAAUUUUUAUCAUAAGCAAUACUGUUUUAUGGCUCGGUUCUAUUUUUUUUCCCCUUUUCAUAAAGCAAUUAUCUGUGAUGUGCCCAGUUUAUUGUCAGUUCAGAUUUGGCAGAAAAAAAUAAAUGACAGUGAUGGAAGAAGCA